GCUCCAGUGACGACUGAGAGAGGGGGCAACACUUCUGAUCGGAGGCUCAGCAGCGCAGGGUAGCCUUUUCAGAGGAGCGAGAAGAGGAGUGGAGAGGACGAGUGCGCGAGAGAGGGUGUCCCAUCCGUCACACUAGCUGGAUGAAUCCACACUCCAAAACGUAUGGCUGCUUGAGAAAAUAACGCUAUUUUCCCCUUCUCUCUUUCUCUGGGACCUUUGGCUACCAGUUCUCUCCUAAUCAGAAGUUGUCACAAGUAUUUUUUCAGUUGCUCUUAAAAAGUUAACCCACUUUUGUCGUGGACGUUACUGGCGACCAUGGAUACACAUAUAAGAUGGAAAGUAAAACGGAGGAUAAAGUACUCGCAAAUCACUUUAGCGAUACUUCUACUUUUUGUCACAUCACAAGCCAGUUCAGUGGAGCCAGCGGACCUCUUGAAGGUUUUAGAUUUCCCCAGUUUACCUGAAGGCGUUACGAAAACCACAGGUUUCUGUGCGCAUAGAAAGUCAACAAAAGGAGCCGAUGUAGCCUACAGAGUAUCCAAAGAAGCCCAGCUCAGCGCCCCCACCAAACAGCUGUACCCUGCUGAUGUGUUUCCAGAGGACUUCUCCAUCCUGGCUACAGUGAAGCCUAAGAAGGGCUCCCAGUCCUUCCUGCUGUCUGUGUAUAACGAGCAGGGUAUCCAGCAGCUUGGGGUGGAGGUGGGACGCUCUCCUGUCUUCCUGUAUGAGGACCACAUGGGUAAACCCAGCCCUGAGGACUACCCCCUCUUCAGAGGUCUCAAUCUGGCCGAUGGAAAGUGGCACAGAGUGGCCAUCAUUGUUCACAAACAGAGCAUCACCAUCAUCCUGGACUGUAAAAAGAAGACCACGCAGAAACUGUCCAGGAGCCCACACCCCAUCAUCGACACCAAAGGAAUUGUGGUCUUCGGAACUAGAAUACUUGAUGAAGAAGUCUUUGAGGGAGACAUCCAGCAGCUGUUGAUUGUGGCGGACCACCGUGCUGCCUAUGACUACUGUGAACACUACAGCCCCGACUGUGAGGUCCCUGUCCCAGAGCAGCACCAGGCCCAGGACCCCAACACAGACCAAUAUAACACAGAGGAGGACAGCUAUUACUAUGAGUAUCCUUACUAUGAGGACAUGGAUGGGAAACCUUCCGAGUCCACCUCCGAGACUGAGACUGACGAACAAGCUGGACCUGCCACGGAAGACGUAAAGGUGUCCGUGCCAGAGAGCGGCCGUGUGGUCACCUCAGUCAAAGAGGUGGUGUCAUCAGUCAGGGAUACAGCCAGUCAGGGAGUUGAGGGAAAAGUGUUGACCGCCGUUUCUACCGGCAGCGCCUCCGCUGGAGCCGCUGCUGCUGCAGCAGGAGCCGGAGCCGCCGGCGAGGAGGCCUACGGAAAAGAGACCAGCCCUUAUGACGGCUAUGAUACGGAUAGUUAUGGGAACUACGAAUCAUACUACGACGAGUCCACGGUCGCGCCCGACGGCACUCGCAGAGUCACCAUCAGCAGCUCGAGCACGGGGACCGGCACAGGGGUGGAGCUGGACCUGGGGCUGGGGUCAAAGUUUGACCUGGGCACGGGGGCGGAGUUUGAGAAGGUCAUCACCAGUAGUGGAGGAGUCACCAUCACACGCAACAAGACCUCGGCUGGAACAGGCUACGAUGACAACUACGGUGAGGGCUAUGACCUGUCCUAUGGAGAGGGAGAGGGAGAGGAGUACAGCAUCGGUGGCGGUGACCAUGACAGCAGAACCAGCAGCAGCAGCAGUACUGUCGAAAUCGGUACUGGUGGUGGUGGUGGUGGAUCUGUAUCGGUCGGGGGCGGUUCCGUUUCCGUUGGUGGUGGUUCCGCUUCCGUUGGUGGUGGUUCCGCUUCCGUUGGGGGCGGUUCCGUCUCUGUAGGUGGAUCUGCCAGCGCCGGAGGUGGGGCGGCAAGAGCAGGAGCUGGAGCUGGGGAUUCGGUUGCUACGGGAGCCGGGGGCCAGGGUGUGGCUAUUGAGGGAGACUACACUGAUCUGGAGGGUGAUCGGUUCAAAGAGGAGUCCAUCCCUGAGUAUGGGGACGCAGACUAUGGUUAUGGAGACCUGGACUACGGUGGACAGGAGGAGAAGGUGCUGCCAGCCGAGACAGACGAGUACUACGGACAGGUUGAUGGGUCCCGGGGAGAGAAGGGACAGAAGGGAGAACCUGCUAUCAUUGAGCCUGGAAUGCUGGUGGAGGGUCCGCCCGGUCCGGAGGGCCCAACAGGUCUCCCUGGACCCCCAGGUUCCUCCGGCCCCCCAGGCAGCCACGGAGACGCAGGAGAAAGGGGUCCUAAUGGUCGUGCUGGUCUUCCUGGUGCUGAUGGUCUGCCAGGACCUCCAGGGACUGUCCUGAUGCUGCCUUUCCGCUUCAGUUCUGGAGGAGACUCUGGACAGAAGGGACCUCAGGUGUCUGCUCAGGAGGCCCAGAUGCAAGCCAUCAUGCAACAAGCUAGGCUGGCGAUGCGUGGUCCUACUGGCCCUAUGGGUUUGACAGGUAGAUCUGGUCCUCUGGGUUCUCCAGGUGUGGCUGGACUGAAGGGAGAGUCUGGAGAGUCCGGUCCUCAGGGACCUCGUGGACCAUUGGGUUCUCACGGACCCUCUGGGAAGCCCGGCAGAAGGGGACGUGCUGGUUCUGAUGGAGCCAGAGGCAUGCCUGGUCAGACCGGAACCAAGGGAGACAGAGGGUUUGAUGGUCUGGCUGGACUUCCUGGUGAGAAGGGACACAGAGGUGAAUCUGGACCCCAUGGACCUCCCGGACCCACAGGAGAGGAUGGAGAGAGAGGAGACGAUGGAGAGAUCGGGCCACGGGGGCUGCCUGGUGACCCAGGACCUCGUGGGUUGCUGGGACCUAAGGGACCUCAGGGACCUCCCGGAUCCCCUGGUGUAAGUGUGGAUGAAUGUAACCACGGUGUUUUCUCUUCAUAGGGACCACAAGGAGAACCUGGCCCCAAUGGACAGCAAGGGAACCCUGGUGCUCAGGGACUUCCAGGUCCUCAGGGAGCCAUCGGGUCCCCAGGAGAGAAGGGGCCUACCGGAAAACCAGGACUGUCAGGAAUUCCAGGUGCUGACGGACCCCCGGGGUACCUGGGCAAGCGAAGGACCAACGGAGAGAAGGAGAUUUGGGGUCCCGCAGGCCCCCAAGGCCCAAUCGGUUAUCCCGGGCCCCGAGGCGUGAAGGGAGCCGACGGUGUACGAGGCCUGAAAGGAGGAAAGGGUGAAAAGGGAGAAGAUGGAUUCCCUGGCUUCAAGGGAGAUAUGGGAAUCAAGGGUGACAGGGGUGAGCUGGGACCUGCUGGACCCAGAGGAGAGGACGGACCUGAGGGGCCCAAGGGUCGCUCCGGUCUUCCUGGAGAUGCUGGCCCUCUUGGACCCAACGGUGAAAAGGGCAAACUGGGUGUUCCAGGGUUGCCAGGAUAUCCAGGAAGACCAGGACCAAAGGGAUCUCAGGGAUUCCAAGGUUUCCCCGGAGCCAACGGAGAGAAAGGAACAAGGGGACUUGCAGGGAAGGCUGGCCCAAGAGGACAGAGAGGACCAACGGGGCCUCGUGGAGAGAGGGGACCAAGGGGACCAACAGGAAAAGCUGGACCAAAGGGUACCUCAGGAAGUGAUGGCCCCCCAGGACCUCCCGGUGAGAGGGGUCUUCCAGGGCCUCAAGGACCAACAGGAUUCCCCGGACCAAAGGGCCCACCCGGACCUGCUGGGAAAGAUGGUCUGCCCGGACACCCUGGACAGAGAGGAGAGACUGGUUUCCAAGGCAAGACUGGCCCACCUGGACCCCCAGGAGUGGUUGGACCUCAGGGCCCCACAGGUGAGACUGGACCAAUGGGAGAGCGUGGCCAUCCAGGACCCCCAGGCCCACCCGGUGAGCAGGGUCUCCCUGGAUCUGCUGGUAAAGAGGGAGCUAAGGGUGACCCCGGUCCUGCUGGCCCGGCUGGUAAGGAUGGGCCCCCGGGUCUGAGAGGGUUCCCAGGAGAGAGAGGUCUGCCCGGCCCAGUGGGGGCUCACGGCCUGAAAGGUAGUGAAGGACCCAACGGCCCACCUGGACCUGCUGGUUCCCCUGGUGAGCGUGGUCCUGCUGGCCCAGCCGGACCCACCGGUCUCCCUGGACGACCAGGACCACAGGGACCCCCUGGACCCGCUGGAGAGAAGGGUGGACCGGGUGAAAAAGGACCCCAAGGCCCCGCCGGUAGAGAUGGUGUCCAGGGACCUGUUGGUCUGCCUGGCCCAGCUGGACCUCUCGGACCCCCAGGAGAGGAUGGAGACAAGGGAGAGAUUGGAGAGCCAGGUCAGAAGGGAGGCAAAGGAGACAAAGGAGAGCAUGGUCCACCUGGUCCUACUGGUCCCCAAGGCCCGGUUGGAGCGCCUGGUCCUGCUGGAGCUGAUGGAGAGCCCGGUCCCAGAGGUCAGCAGGGUCUGUUUGGCCAGAAGGGAGAUGAAGGAUCCAGAGGGUUCAAUGGACCCCCUGGCCCAGUGGGACUGCAGGGAUUACCAGGUCCAGCCGGCGAGAAAGGAGAAACUGGAGACGUUGGUCAGAUGGGUCCUCCCGGUCCUCCUGGCCCCAGAGGUCCCUCCGGACCCCCAGGAGCUGACGGCCCUCAGGGACCUCCUGGUGGUAUUGGAAACCCUGGAUCUGUUGGAGAGAAGGGUGACUCAGGUGAAAACGGAGAACCUGGUCUUCAGGGAGAACUUGGCGGACCUGGCCCAAGAGGAGAGCGAGGAGAGAAGGGAGAGUCCGGUCCUGCAGGUUCUGCUGGACCCCCCGGCCCUAAAGGUCCCCCUGGAGAUGACGGUCCUAAAGGAAGUCCUGGUCCAAGUGGUUUCCCUGGUGAUCCUGGUCCCCCUGGCGAGAUCGGACAGGCUGGUUUAGACGGUCCUCCUGGUGACAAGGGAGAUGACGGAGAGGCUGGUCAACCUGGUUCUCCUGGACCCACCGGAGAGUCAGGUCCUUCUGGCCCACCAGGAAAGAGAGGCCCCCAUGGUACAACUGGACCCGAGGGCAGGCAAGGAGAGAAGGGAGCCAAGGGAGAGUCUGGUCUGGAGGGCCCACAGGGAAAGACAGGCCCCGUUGGUCCUCAGGGAGCACCUGGCAAGCAAGGUUCUGAAGGUCUCAGAGGUAUCCCCGGCCCAGUUGGGGAACAAGGUCUUCCAGGUUCCUCAGGCCCCGACGGACCCCCUGGACCCAUGGGUCCUCCAGGAUUACCAGGUUUGAAGGGAGACUCUGGCAUUAAGGGAGAAAAGGGCCACCCUGGUCUGAUCGGUCUGAUCGGGCCUCCAGGAGAGCAGGGAGAGAAGGGUGACAGAGGUCUGCCAGGCCCCCAGGGGACAUCAGGACCCAAAGGAGACAAUGGUAUUGCUGGUCCCUCAGGUCCUCUUGGUCCUCUGGGACCUCCAGGAUUACCAGGUCCUCCUGGUCCUAAAGGAGCUAAGGGGUCAUCGGGUCAAACUGUCCCAAGGGAAGAGACUGGUGUUCCUGGACAACCUGGGCCUCCUGGUCCUCCUGGGGAUGUCAUCCACCCGCUGCCCAUGCAGUCGAGCCCCAAGCGGAGCCGCAGGAACAUCGAUGCCAGCCAGAUGAUGGACGAUGCCAAUGCAGAUGCCAACUACAAGGACUACGACGAUGGAAUGGAGGAGAUCUUCGGAUCCCUCAACUCCCUCAAGCUGGAGAUCGAGCAGAUGAAGCACCCACUCGGAACACAGGGCAACCCCGCCCGCACCUGCAAGGACCUGCAGCUCUGCCACCCUGACUUCCCCGACGGUGAAUACUGGAUCGACCCCAACCAGGGUUGCUCGAGGGACUCUUUCAAGGUCCACUGCAACUUCACAGCAGGAGGAGAGAGCUGUAUCUACCCUGAUAAGAAGUCUGAAGGGACUAGGCUCACCUCCUGGGUAAAGGAGAUCCCUGGCUCCUGGUUCAGUGAAUUCAAACGUGGUAAACUGCUCUCGUACGUGGACGCUGAGGGCAACCCCAUUGGUGUGGUCCAGAUGACCUUCCUGCGUCUGCUGAGCGCGGCCGCCCGCCAGAACCUAACCUACAACUGCUACCAGUCGGUGGCCUGGCACAACCAGGACGGGGACUCAUACGACAAGGCCAUCCGCUUCCUGGGCUCCAACGACGAGGAGAUGUCCUAUGAUAACAACCCCUACAUCAGAGCCGUGGUGGACGGCUGUAGACGACGAAAAGGCUAUGAAAAGACAGUACUGGAGAUCAACACACCAAAGGUGGAACAGGUGCCUUUUGUUGACAUCAUGUUCAAUGAUUUCGGCGGGGCUACGCAGAAGUUUGGAUUCGAAGUGGGUCCUGUCUGUUUCAUCGGCUAAGACUGUUUACUGAACAAAAUGGAGAAAAUAAAAAGCAUAUUUAUUUUCUCAGAAACAAAACACAUGAAUAGGACAAUUUGUAUUUGUGUAAAACAUUCUGUGUCCAAAAGCAACAAGUAUGAAUAAAAUACACAAAAAUCAAGAUGAGAAUACUACAAUAAAUUUCUAGAGGAUUCGAUAAGAAUAAUAAAAAAAGAGCAACCUUGUAACCUCAGUGUGCCUUCUCCAUCACAUGCAAGUUUUGAAACUGAAUAAGUCAGAUACUACCGACCCCUAUCUUCACCCAUGACCCCUAUCACCGUUCCCAAACCUCCACACACUCCCAGAGCACUUGAUGUAAAUCCAGUCUGGUUGUCGAACUCACCGGAGGCAAACUUUUACCUGCUACUCCACUGGUUUCAGAAGGUUGCCAUGGACUCCAUCCCAUGUGGCAGUUUUCUUCUUUGUUUUUUUUUAUUGUUUUUUGUUGUUGUUUUUUUGUCUCCCUCUCAAUUCCCUCUUUGAAUAUUUUAUUAAUUAGUUCAUUCGUUUGCUCAUUCAUUCAUUUCGGAAGCUUUGUUUUGUGCAUAAUUGUCUCCCCAUUCUUCUGAAUGGAACUUAUAUAUAUAAAUAUAUAUAAAUAUUUUUUGUAUGUUUGUAAGUACUUUCUGUAUAUUUUUCCUGGUAAUGUUUAUUGUUUCUGGCUUCAAAACAUGCAUGUGACCUUUUAAGACGUGAGGUAAAAGAUGAUGGUCAUUGGAAUACAUCAAAUUCGCAGAUACUAAAGUAAGGAAUUGGACAUGUAAAUUGGAGAAUAGAUGAGGAGGGCUUGUCUUGUUGCUGGGUGUGAAGAACACCUUAUUGUAAUUUAAGAACCGAAUGAAAAUAAAAUAUGGAAAUAUUACUCUGCGCUAGUAUGUGAGAGUUGAUUACCAUAACAGAUAAUGUGUCAAGAUAAAAAUGACAAACAUUCCUCCUCUUCUUGUGUCCUCUAUUUUGGGUGCAUUUUGAGAUUUUAUUAACUUAAUAAACAACUUUGAUAUUUUUUUCCUUCAAUACUUCCAUAUUUCUACUCUAUCAAACUAUAUAUGCAGCAGGAGAUGUCACUUUUCAAUGAAACACAAGAAAUCAAUACUUAGGUGCUAUUCUUUCUCCUGUGGUGCUAUUAUAUUUUCAAGUUUGUUGUUAUUUUGUAAGUACAGUAAGCUGAUGGUGGUGAUGUUAACUUGUCACCAUGACUACCCUGUCUGUCCCUGACCCUGACCCUCUUAGCCAUCACCUCUGACACAACAUCUUCGCUACAUUCUUAUUUAUGUCCAGGGGUGUUUUAAUGCAUGCCAGUUUGCUUCAUAUUCAUUCAUAGAUCCAUGCAGUAUUUUAUUUUAUGUAUUUCUCUGCUUCCAAGGCCCACUUAGUAAAAACUAACAGCGUCUGAUCAUACUGCAAAUUACUUGGAAUGUGCUAAUAGAAAUAAGAUUGUACUCAGUUGCCGAAUGUGGUGCUAAUUUAUCAAAUUUUCUUAGAUGUCUUUAAAAAAGAAAGAAAACGGUAGAAGCGAUGCAUGGUUCCAAGACAUGGUGCAUUUUGUGAAUGGACCUCAUGAUUGGUGUUAUGUACAAUGGAUAAUCUUUUUCACUUCGUCAAGCUUUUUACUGCUUUUCUUUUUCGGGUUUGGGGGUGAAGGUGACUGGUUUGGAAUGGGUACGGAGUGUCUCCCCAUUUGAGUAUUCCAAAGCACAUGGCCGAGGAACAGUUUGGAGUUUUGGUACCUGAAACCAUUAACUUUCUUACCAAAGGCUUUUUUUUAUAUAGCUUUAAGUUCCUAGAGGGCCAAGAAUCCACUACGUAUUUUGAAAUCCACUAUUUGAAAAUGUGGUAGAAUUGUCUAAUGAUGAUUAAAAUCAGAUGUGUCAUGUACAAGUCAAAAAUAUAUUUUCAAACAUAUAUUUAAAAAAUAAAAAUGACAAAUUUAGAUUUUUUUUUUAAGUGAACGAUAUCUAAUAGUCCAUCAGAUUAGCCCGCUUAAAGGUAGAAAAGCCAGAUGCAAAGCUUGUUUUUGUAUUGUUGUUUGGGGUCUUCUGAUGUAACUGUUGUUUUACUUUCUUAAGCGCUAGUUAUACCCUUGUACAAACUAUGCACUCUGCCUGCUUUUGACCACUACAGCAUCUGCCACAGAAAGUUUUACUGUCCUGCAUAAGUAGCUUGUUUUUUGUUAUGUUUUUUGUUUUUACCUUCUAGAUAUGUGACUUGAACCAUUUACGUUAAGAUACACUUAUUGAUCAUCAAUUUUUAAUAUUCAUUUCGAUGAAGCACUCCAAAUUUAACAUGUUUGCUUUCAAUAAAAGGACAAAACAUUUUUGUAAAUUUUCAGAACCAGCAGUAAUGCUGCCAAUAAAGUUUUUUGUUUUGUUUUGUUUUUGUUUUUUUAUUGUUUUACGUUUGUCUGUUCGUUAGUUUUUAUGGUCUUGUCUGUGUAAGAGAGGAUAGAAGAUAUAUUGGUUUUUAUGUCAAUAAAUUCAAGUUUACUGUGGCCACCCACUCUUGUAUGUCUUUUGAAGCAUUAAAACCUAUCUGUAUGCAUGAAAUUGUAAAGUUUUUUUCUCUUGUUUUUAUACUUUACAAUGACAUGAUCUCCAACCCACUUUUUAUUAUUAAAAUAGGUAGAAUGCUACAUUUCAUAUGCUAAAAUUGAAAACGGUCAUGUCCAUAGUUGUGAAGUGGAGAGAGAAUGGUGAUGUUGUAACUCUCUACCCACAGCCAAUUGUCAUUUGUAGUAUAUUUAUUGUAUUAUUUAAAAAUAAAUGUAAAUUGACACCA